GUCGGCCCUCUGCGAGGGCGUCCGUCUGUCGUCGCCCGCCUUGAAAGCUUGACAGCAGCCUGUUCGUUUCGCCCCGCUGCGGACCUCCUAAAAGGACUCCUAAUAGCAACAUUCGGAUACCCCGGCCCCUGACGUCGCUCCUUCACUACUCUCGCCCAAUGGCCAGCACUGCUAUCCCGAUUCAGCAACCGGGCCUCAACGAUCAUCCCGCCGAUCGCUCCCGCUCGCGUCUAGCCGUCCCCGCCGCCGCCGCCUCGCGCGCUGCCGACCACAGCCCAGCGGCGAGCAGCACGUCCCGGAGCACGUCCACCCGCAGGCGCCGCUUCACGAUCCGCGUCGGGUCGAAACAGCACAGGCGCGCCGGGAGCGGUGCGGUCCGGCGCACGCCCAGCCACCAACGCGGCGGAAGCACGAAUCCCCCACGCGAUCCCCUCUCUUCUGCAACCGGGCCACAACCUCCCACCACGACGGCCACGACCACAACGUUACCUCGCCGAUCCAGCGUGGAUCCGCCACCCGCACGCGACCCAGCCACCAUGCCUCGCCAGGCCACGACGACGACGGCCACCAUGACGCAGCAGCAAUUAAAGAAGCCCAACCUCCUCGCCCGCCUCUCCACCCGCCUCCGCCCCCGCUCGCGCUCCUCGCCCGCCCCAACCACACUCGCCAUCUCUACCCCAGCGCCGAUGGACUUCAAGCAGCGCCGCGACUCGGCCCUCCGCGAACGCGGGCUCGUCCCUCCCUCCUCGUCCUCCACGAAAAGCCCCACCAGCCCGACGCGGCGAUCCAACGGCUUUUCCAUCGACAAAGACAAGCCGCUCCCGACGCCCGUGGUCGACGCCCGAACUGCCGCGCGCCAGGCCGCUCUUCGCGAACGCGGCCUCCUCCCGCCCGCCGUCGAUGGCCGCGAUCUCUCCGAACAAGAAGCCGAGCGUGACCGCCGCCUCGCCGUCCUCGCCCCCGUCCCCGAAAAAACCGCAUCCGACGCCGACGCCGACGCGGGCCCUAGCGCCGCGCAACGGCUCAUGGCCGAAUGGCGUGCAAGGAACACCACAGCAGCGGCUUCUACCGUGCGACACGCGGACCCGCCGGGCGAUAGCGCGGACGGGCUCCCGCGCCCCUCUAAAUCUGGCCGAUCCGCGCACACGUCCAGGCACUCCACCCCCGUACCUGUCUCGGACGCCAACCAGCCCCGUCGAACAAACAAAGGGCUAAACGCGCCCCCUGUCUCGCCCGACGCCACAGCCACAGCCACCUCCUACAGCAGCACCGCCGCAACCGCGACACGGACACCGUCGUCUCCGCCGCGAAACGAUCCCUCGUCGCCUACCGCCGUGCAGCACACCAGCCGCCACGGGUCCGCGUCCCCCCCGCCAUCACCGCCCAAAGGCGCCGCGCCGCCGUCCACCCCCGGCUCGCCCCGCCUGCAAGUCCCGCCCGGACGCACCGACUCGCCCACGCGCACGCGGAGCGGGACGAACGCGACCGCGAUCAGCGCGCUGACGAUGCCGUCGCUCAUGUCGCCCACCGUGUCGUCCGAGAGCGCGGACGGCGCCAUGCCGCCCACGCCCAAAUCCGCGUCCCACCCGCUCGUACCGCCGACGACGGGAGGACACCGGAAAUCGCGCGGCUCGCGCGAGCUGAAGGGGGCGGCGACGCCGGUCAUCGUCGAGACGCCCGCGCUCGAGAGCUCGGACGAGACGGACGAGUUUACGCCCGGCGCGCUGAUCGAGGAGGCGCAGGACGAGCUCGGCGUGCUGCCCAAAGCGCGCCCGCGGCACGGUCAGACGCUCGACGCGUCCCGGCAACAGCACGCCCCGGCCUCGGAGCGCCGCGGCUCGGUGUUCGCGUCCCUGAAGCGGUCGCUCACCGGCGGGCGCAGCGGCAGCACGGCGCUGUCGCUGCCCAACCGACAGCGGCCGAACUCGGCGUACGUGAACCGGACGACGCCCGUCGGCGGCGGCAUGCGCACGAGCGCGAGCACGGGGCAUCUCCGCGCACCCCUGAGCCCGACGAUCCAUAACCGGGGUAGCAUCCUCGUAGAGGCGGGCGCGAUCGAGGACGAGGAGUCGCGCCGCUGUACUUCCUUCGAGAAGGCCAUCAUCCGUAGCCCCGAAUUAUCAUCUCCCACGUCGCGCACCACCUCUGUCCGGAUGAUGCCCUUCAAUUCGCGCAUGAGAUCGGACUCGGCGUCGAACGACGUUCCGCCGAUGACGGUCACUUCUUCCAGCCGCGAAUCCAGGGGUGCCCUCGACUUGACCACGUCGAAGAGCGCCCCGACGCCGCCGUCGUCCACGAAUCCGGUCAAAUGCCGCAGUUUGGGGCAAAGGACGGCGGGGUCGUCCCCGGGGGGUCGCGACUUCAGGGCGUCGCACAUGGCGGCGAAGACGUCGGACAGGCCGGAUUCGCUUCACGUCGAGCAUUUCCACCGCGCCUGCCGCGUCCGAGAGCGAUCCGGCGAUGGAGGCGAGGGCUUCCUCUCCUACGUGGUCUGCCACGCCCUGACCGAAAUCGACAGCCCAAGGAGAGGUCGUCAAUUCGAGGCUGAAGAACCCUCGAGGCAUGCGAAGCCCGACCCGGGUCCAUGGGUUCACGGACACGGAGUCACGCUCGAUCCGAACCACCCGCCUGACAGCCUCAGAUCUCGAACACGAGGAAAGUUGCUGGCCGAGAAGAUCGGCGGCUCCUCGUGCGAUCCUUCGUGGCACCACGUCGUGUUGAGUUCCUCCAAGAUGGGUUGGGGUACUGAGCGCAAGCCGACGCCAUCUUCGGCACACGCGGGUAACGACCAUCCAACUCCGUUCAGGGCCUUCUUGACUGCUCAAGCGUCCAACGGCUGCCUUCGCAGCGGUCCUCAGAACGGUUGA